AUGGCGUGAGUUAACUGCCAAGUAGACUGACGUGUGCUCAGUCAUCAGCGAGAAAACCAUAGGAAAGGGUGUGGAGGGGGGCAGGUGGUAACUGAAUUGUAGGCAGAAGGUUUCGGUUCGAUGUGCACACAUAACGCCAGUUGGCGAAGAUCAUAUUUUCGCACAAAUGAUUAGCGACGCAACAUUAAUGAGAAAGCUGGCUACAAUGAUACUGUGUUCAGUAGGUCAUCAGACAUUCGUGAUAUCGGGACAAUAUACUUACUGUAAUCCAGAUCACUCAGCCUUCACCCUGAGGCUAACAAUCCACCCUCAAAUCACCGUAAUCAUCACAAUCUUCCUCUUCUUUUUCUUCGUCUUCUUCUUCUUCUUCUUGUCCUCCUUCUGCCUCCUCCUCUUCCUCCUCCUCCUCCUCCUUCUCCUCCUCCACCACCUCCACCACCACCAGCCACCACCUCCUCCUCCUCGUCGUCCUCCUCCUCCUCAUCCUCCUCCUCCUCCUCGUCCUCCUACCCCUACUCCCCCUUCUUCUUCCUCUUUUUCUUCUUUUUUUUCUUCUUCUUCUUCUUCUUCUUCUUCUUUCUUUUCUUCUUCUUCUUACUCUUCUUCUUCCCCCUCCUCCUUCUUCUGCCUCUUCUUCUUUAUCUUCUUUUUCUUCUUCUUCUUCGUCUUAUUCUUCUCAUUUUCAUCAUCAUCAUUAUCUUCCACUUCUGCUAUGUCCCCGACUCGUCCUCGUCCCUCUCCACAGAAAAUUGCAAUGGCAAUGAAAGUAUACGGUCCGCUAGAAUUAUUCGAUGGGCGUGGAGUAAUGCGCCGCCCUUAACCUGGCAAACAUACACACAAACGUCAGCAGUAAGGAAGCCUACCUCUAUUUCCCUCCUUCUUCUCCAGCUCCAUCUCCCUUUUCGUGACUCUCCUCAAAUUCAUGCUCUUUAAAAGCACAGAAAAGGACAACCGCUGGGAUUUCAGUAGACUCCUUUACCGCGCUGACCGGCGCUGCGUCGGUGGGUGA